AUGGGCUCCUGCAACCCAGAGCUUCAGAAGCUCUUCAUAGAGACACCAUGUAUACCAUCAAUAGCUCUCUCGCGAGUAGCAGGUUGCAACAUCUUCCUCAAGCUCGAAAACCUGCAGCCCUCAGGCUCGUUCAAGUCGCGCGCCGUGGGAAACAUGAUGUACCAGGCGAUGCUCGCGAAACCGGCCGGCGGUGACGUGCACUUCUACUGCUCGUCGGGCGGAAACGCGGGCCUGGCGUGCGCGACGGCGGCGGCUACCCUCGCACAGCCGUGUACUAUCGUCGUGCCGACGACUACUUCCCAGUAUAUGAUUGAGAAGAUACGACUCCUAGGCGCCCAAGUCCACCAAGUAGGCCCCAACUGGGCCCUCGCCGACUCGCACCUGCGCACCGCGCUCCUCGCGCGCGACCCGACAGGCAUCUACGUCCCGCCCUUCGACCACCCGGACAUCUGGGCGGGCACCAGCACCAUCGUCGACGAGCUGGCCGCGCAACUCGGCGUACCCCGCGUCGACGGCAUAGCGUGCAGCUGCGGGGGCGGCGGCCUGCUCAACGGGAUCAUGGCCGGCGUGCGGAAGCACUACACCGACGUCGGGGUAAAGGAACCGACCGUCCUGGCCGUCGAGACCGUCGGCGCGGAUAGCCUAAACGCCAGCGUGAAGGCGGGAGCGCUGGUGACGCUGGCGGGGAUUACUAGUAUCGCGACGAGUCUGGGGGCGCCGCGGGUUUCGGAGCGUACGUUCCGGUGGAGUCAAGAGGCGGCGGGGCAUCUGAAGAGCUUGGUGGUGACGGAUGCGGAGGCGGUGAUGGGGGCGGUGAGGUUUGCGGACGACGCUAGGAUGUUGGUGGAGGUGGCGUGCGGGGCUACGCUUGCGACGGUGUAUAAUGGGGAUUUGAGGAGGGUUGUGGGAGGAGAGGGGGAGGAGGGGAUUAGCGAUGAGGAGUGGAGUAGGAAGAAUGUGGUUGUGAUUGUGUGCGGAGGGGUGAAUGUUACGUUGGAGAUGUUGAGGAGUUAUGGGGAGAAGUAUGGUGUGAAAUAGAAGUGUGUAUCUUGUUUGUUAUACCUAGGGUAUUGGGAUGAAGGGGUAGGUAGGUAUAUAUGGUAGAGUUGGGAGCCGCUCUUCGCC